CCAAAGCGCCAGACAACAUGUGUUACCAGGCAACACCAAACAAACCUGCAGCUUAGUCAGGACUGUUAAUUGUUGUUACUGGGGCUAAUUUUGACUUAGGAUUAAAUUUGCUCAGAUCGUGAAUAAAUCAACUCGGAUUUCUUGUAGGGCAUUUAGCUUGUCAAAAAAAAUGUGCUCGGAUGUUUUAGUAUCACGGCCUCACUAUGACAGCAGAGCUGUAGCUCAGGGAGUCCCGGAGAAAGAUCCUCCUGUAGCGGUUCCUGAGGUCCCGCAGCCGUCCUCUGGCUCAGCCACAGCGGGGUACCGCUCGGCUAAAUACAUCCCGACUGAAUGGUUCUCCAGCUACCAGACUUUACUUCAGCAAGCCAGUACCAGCUGCCACGCGGCUACGAACAUCCAGCGAGAGUCCAGAACUCUGAACCAAGACACCGAGGGAGCCACUUUUAAGAUCCAGGCCGAAGGAACACGUCUACUGGGAGAGAGACUACAAGAGAUCCACUACUGGAAGUCUGAGCUGCAGCGACACAUCGAGCUGCUGCUGUCCGACACUGAGUCGCUGGUGGCGCUGAAGACGCGGUUGGAGAAGGCCCUGGACGCCACCGAGAUCCCCUAUGCCAUCGCCACCGAUAAUCUGAACUGCAGGGCGAGAAGGCUGGGGCCGGACCUGGUCAGAGACACGGUGGAAGAGGAGCUGUUGAAGGAAGUGGACUUGAUCAGGAGUGUCCAGGCUCUUCUGAAGAGGACUACAGCUCAAGUUGUCAGUCAGAUCAAGUCGAAUAGAGAAGCCAAGCAGACUUUAGAGAUGGAUUGGUCUGACAAAUACCAGGCCUACUAUUUUGAUGACCACAGUGGAAGACACAGUAACAUGAGCUCAGAUACACAGCAUCAUCCCAGCUCAGCUGCUAUGCAGGAGCAGGUGUCCAGCCACCCAUCAUGGACGAAGUUUACACAGGACAACCUGUCCAAGGCCAUGCAGGAGGAAGAGGCCACCAACAGUCUCAGAGUGCUGGUGGAGCAAGUGCUGCAGGACACCACCGAGGAUCUGAGAAUCCAGUGCUCCAGUGUUGACCGAGCCUUCAGCCAGCGCUGUGUGGAGCUGAAUGAGGCCAAGACCUGGCUGAAUAUGCAGCUCACACAGAUCUUGGAGCAAAUUGGUGCCCAGGAGAAAAACAUCGUGGCUCUACAGCAGGCCAUUCACAACAAAGAAGCUCCUCUGAGAGUAGCUGAGUCCAGACUUUACCUUCGCUCCCUCAGACCCAACAUGGAGCUCUGCAGGGAUGAACCCCAGCUCAGCUUGGAAGGGGAGGUGAAGCAGAUUGAUGGCACUCUGGCAUCUCUGAACCGGGAACUGAGCAAAGCCAGAGAGUCCCUGUCUCACCUGGAGGAGUCACGCAUGGCAGUGGAGAAAGACAUCAACUGCAAAACCCACUCACUGUUCAUUGAGAGGGAAAAGUGCAUGACUCACCGUAAACGAUACCCAACCAGUUCAGCACUGUCAGGAUACUGAAGGGUUUGACACUUCAGAGUGUUUGUUUGAUUGCUUUUGUGUGUUGCUGAAAUUAGUAAAGAAAAGUCAUGUGUACAAGAACAGCUGAAACCCGGAGAAAAUACUGCAUUUCAGUUUAUUUUCAUAGCCACAAUUUUCUUUAUUCAUUCACUUUACUAAAAGGUUGGCAAUAUGCGACUCAUACAGAACUAGUCAAGAGUACAAGAGUUAAAAACUGCAACAUCGGAGGAAAACCCGUAACUACAAGCAAUGCAUAACAGGUGCACAGCUGAGAGAAAACAGGCAACAACAUUAGAUCACCGUUUUAUAUGAAUAUGCACUUCUGAGAUAUGGAUAUCAUUUAAAUAAACAUGAUUCUUUGCAA